CAACGAAAGCCCAAACCCAAACCAAGAAACCUCUUCCUGAUUUUUUUUUAAUAUAUAAUAAAAGCAACCCUUUCGCCCGAUCUCAAGCUCUCUCUUUUUUUUUGGGUUCUCACUCAGCAAAUUCCGCCGUCGCGGCCGCUCUUCUGUCUUCCGAACAGCGAUUCCCUUCAGCCUUGCCCGCCGGCGGCAAGUUUGUCCUUCCCUGCUCUUAUCUCUUUAACGCAUCAGGACGUUUUCCGCCUUCAACUCUCUCUCCGUCGGCGGGAGAGUAAUAAAAAGAGACUGAUUUGAUUGUUUCAGCUCGUAAAUACAAGAGAUGACGAUGCAGGCUGAAGAUCCUGUUCCCUCUCCCACUGCUCAGUUGGUUGGGAAUGCCUUUGUUGAGCAGUACUACAACAUGCUCUCGAAAUCGCCCGAUGUGGUUCAUAAGUUUUAUCAGGACUCCAGUGUCAUGAGCAGGCCAGUUGCUGAUGGCUUGAUGUCGUCUGUCUCAACUAUGGCUGGUAUCAAUCAGAUGAUCCUGUCUCUGGAGUACAAAGACUGUGAGGUCCAGAUACUGACAGCUGAUUCUCAGAAAUCAUUUGGGGAUGGAGUCAUCGUUCUGGUGACUGGUUUCCUCACCGCAAAGGAUGGGCUGAAGCGGAAAUUCACCCAAUUAUUCUUUCUUGCUCCACAAGAUAAUGCUGGAUUCUUUGUCUUGAACGAUGUUCUGAGGUAUGUCGAUGAAGAAGAAUUGCUAGCUGUGAAGGGUUCCGAGGUUGCUGCUGAUACUGCUCCUGUUGUUACCCCUGAACCUGAGCCUACUCCUUUCACCAAUCAUGUUGUGGUGGAGCAAGAAACUGCUACUGUUUCUGCUGAAGAUACCAUACCCGUCAGCAAUGAAGCUAGUCUUCAGCUGGACAAUGGUGACAUUGCUGUUGCAGAGAAAGAUUAUGUAUCAAAUAGUGUUGCUGAGGCUGCAGAAAUUGUUGCUGCUAUUCCAAAGGCUGAAGUUGCAACUCAGGAAGCAAAUCAUCACCAGCUGUCUGAGACAGCUGCUACCCCUACGGCGACGGAGGAUGCUCCCAAGAAGUCUUAUGCUUCAAUUGCCAACCAAUUGAACUACAAGCCCCAGCCAUUCCAGCAGAGGAUUGCACCACCAAAACCUGUUGUCCUUGCUCCUGUUGCUGCUGCAGCACCAGCAGCUGCACCAACAGAUGCUCCAGCUCCUCGUCCUGCUAGAAACAACUCCGUCGAAAGGAACAACAAUUUCACUGGGAAGGGCCACCCUAUCUUUGUUGCCAACCUGCCAAUGGAUGCAACUCCUGAACAGCUGUACGAGAUUUUCGAGAAAUUCGGGCCCAUCAAGUCCGGCGGCGUCCAAGUCAGAAGCUACAAGCAAGAGAAGAACUGUUUUGGGUUUGUGGACUUCGAAUCAGCUAGCUCCAUGGAGAAAGCCCUUGAGGCUGGGACCAUGAUGAUUGGCAACCGGGAAGCUCAUAUCGAGAAGAAGAAAGCUGCUGGGGAAGCCGGGAAGUUUGCACCGAGAAGGGGCGGUUACAGGAACGACGGCUUCAGGGGCCGCGGUGGGAGCUUUGUUGGAGGACGUGGUGGAGGGUAUGGGAAGGGUGAGUUUGAGAACCAGCAGGGCGGUGGCAAUUUCUCAGGUCAUGCGAGAGGUGGUGGUGCUGGACGCAACGGCGAGGCGAAGGUUUAUCAGAACGGAGGUGUGAGAGGAGCCCGUCAAACUAGACCGGCGCCACCUGCUGCAGGCGCCACUCCUGCUGCUGCAGGCGCCGUUCUAGGUGGAAAGAAUUAGUCUUUUCGUGGUUUUUCUCCUUCCUCAAAUUUUGCUUCAUCUUCUUUUCGGUCAUUUUAGUUCUUUUUUUCGGCCUCUCCUUCCGCUGACAUUCUUAUAGGGAAAAACAUUAUUUAGAAGACUAGACGUUGCGGCAUUCUGUAGGGUUAUUUGUUUUGUUUUACUUUGUGGCUGCAAUCAGUGUUUGGCUGUUCGGUAGAGGUUUCUUUCGUUGAUUUUUUUGGCCUCUAUGGCUAAAAGUUAUAAGGCAGACAGUCAAGUGAACUGGAAAUGUACUAUUAUUAGUCUAAUACCCAUUAGCGGUCUUUUAUUUGAAGGAUUAUUCGUUAUUUCGUGGCUUAA